AUCCACACACAAUCUCUUAAAAGCUUUACUCUAGCAAAGAAUAGAGUGAAAGAGGUUAAGUGAGAUGGAAUUGCACAACAAAAAAUGUGGCCUCUUCAUUGGAUUGUUCGUGUUUCUUGCAUUUACGGCUUGCUUAGCAAGUGCGGCAACACACCAUCACAACUUUGUUAUUCAACCCAAGUCAGAGAGGAGGCUGUGCAACAACCAAGUGAUUAUGACGGUAAAUGGACAGUUUCCGGGGCCAACCCUGGAGGUACGGAAUGGAGACACCCUAGUCAUCAAAGUUACUAAUGCUGGCAAAUACAACAUCAGUCUCCACUGGCAUGGCAUCCGGCAAAUGAGAACACCGUGGGCAGAUGGACCAGAGUAUGUAACACAAUGCCCAAUUAGGCCAGGAGGAAUCUACACAUACCGUUUCACCAUCGAAGAUCAAGAGGGGACGUUAUGGUGGCAUGCUCAUAGCAAAUGGUUGCGAGCCACUGUAUAUGGAGCUCUAGUCAUUUAUCCAAAGCUAGGAUCUUCAUAUCCCUUCCCAAAGCCUUCUAAGGAAUUUCCUUUAAUUCUAGGGGAAUGGUGGAACAGAGACCCAAUGCAAGUCCUUCGACAGGCUAUGGUUACAGGAGCAGCUCCAAAUGUGUCUGAUGCAUAUACUAUCAAUGCUCAACCUGGUGAUCUAUAUGCAUGCUCAAGUCAAGAUACAAGUAUAUUCCCUGUUAAAUCUGGGGAGACGUUUCUUCUCCGGAUCAUCAAUGCUGCACUCAAUCAACAACUCUUUUUUGCUAUUGCUAACCACCAAAUGACAGUCGUAGAAGCAGAUGCGGCUUAUACAAAGCCCUUCACUACCAAUGUUGUCAUGAUAGGGCCAGGACAAACAACCAAUGUACUAGUCACUGCUAACCAACCACCAGGCCGUUACUACAUGGCAGCUACAGCCUAUGCUAGUGCUCCUGGGGUAGCCUUUGACAACACCACCACAACUGCAAUUCUUGAAUACAGAAGAAGCAGGAGUUCUUCAAGACCAGUUCUUCCACAACUACCAGUAUGGAAUGAUACAAACACUGCCAACGCAUUCACAGCUCGAUUUAGGAGCAUCUACAGGGGGAAAGUCCCACUUCGGAUUGAUGAAAACCUGUUUUUUACAAUCAACCUCGGACAAAUCAACUGUUCACGUCCAAGUUUCCGUUGUCAAGCACCUAAUAACACUAGAUUCACUGCCAGCAUGAACAAUGUUUCAUUCAUGCUUCCAACAAGAAAUUCCAUUCUGCAAGCUAUGUACCAGAAUACCCCUGGUGUCUUCACAACAGAUUUCCCUCCAGUGCCCCCGGUGCAAUUUGAUUAUACUGGAAAUGUAAGCCGAGGGUUGUGGACUCCUGUUCCAGGGACAAAAGUAUACAGGUUGAAAUUUGGAUCUCAUGUACAAAUAAUUUUACAAAAUACUAACAUUGUCACAGUUGAAGACCAUCCAAUGCAUCUUCAUGGCUACCAUUUCUUUGUUGUUGGUACUGGUAAAGGUAACUUCAAUCCAACAACAGAUCCUGCCAGAUUCAAUCUGGUUGAUCCACCAGCAAGGAAUACAGUCGGAACAACACCUGGUGGAUGGGUUGCUAUUCGAUUUGUAGCUGAUAACCCAGGGGUUUGGUUAAUGCACUGUCAUCUUGAUGUUCAUAUUGGGUGGGGUUUAGCUAUGGUCUUCUUGGUUGAAAACGGUGUUGGUCAACUGCAGUCCUUGGAAUCCCCUCCGCUAGAUCUUCCUCAAUGUUAAAGAGUACAUGAAAUUAAAUCCAGCUUAAUAUCAAGGAAUAUAUAUAGCCUAAGUCACAAGUUCAAAGGACAGUUUUUUGUCACAUAAUAAUGUACGUAGUAUACCAUUUUUCAUAGUCACUCGUUUCCAUGUACCGAGCUCUGUUAUCUUAUGAAUCAAAACUAUUUAAGUUUCCAUUUU